CAGUAAUUAAGAUAUCCAGAAGCAACCUUUCUCUCUCAAUGUUAUCACGGAGGUGUGAGACAUGUAUGUAAUGGGGUAUGCUCAACACCUGGAGGAAAAGCUGGGCCAUCUGCAAGGAGGCAAAGGGCAGGAGAUAGGAACCAGCUGAGACACAAGAAUAUUUACUUAAAAGUUUUUAUUGAAAUAUUAGUGUUCUCCCUCCUGUAGGUAAAAAGGGGAAGAGGCAAAGCUGAACUGUGCAGCAUCCACACACAAAGCUCUUGCACAAUGAGGGAAGUCAGGUGAAACAUAAUGGAAGAGGCCCUUGGUGGAGGACGUGGACUCAUGGUGACAGAACGAUAGCGGUUGGAGUGAGCUGCGGAGGAGAGAGGAGAAUGUUCUCCCUACGUAGUCAUUGCAGGUCGUUCCAGGAGAAACAGGGUUUGCUACUCAGGCAAUGGCCAAAGUCAGGCGUGGUAGAAGCCUUAAGAUCUGAAGUUGUGCAUGUUUUGGUGGUCUUGUGGCUUCUGCCAGUGAAAGGGGUCAUAGUCAAACCGAUGGAUCAGCUGCAGCGCCGGCAGAGGCUGCCUCAUUCAGACCGGACAGUCAUUCUUCCUUUUGAGCAGCCCGUUGUGUGGAAGAGGAAGGAUUAUGACUGAUGCAGUGGGUGGACCUUGCGCUGGAGGAGUAAGGCGUGGGACACAUGCUGGGACACCAUAAAUAGUCACCCAUGGGUGAUGCCUCCAGGAGAGGGCUCAUCCGAGGGUGAACGCUGCUGGCUCUGCGUGGCAUUGCUCCCAGGGCGGCCAUGUGCGUGGGGAAGUGCAGCCGCAUCGUGGGUCCCUGCCUGCUGGCGCUGGGCGCGCUCUCUAUGGCAGCCAACAUCCUCCUGCUCUUCCCCGGUGGGGCAUCCAAGUACCUGGCGGAGGGGCACAUCAGCAAACACGCCAAGCUCAUGCCGGGUGUCUGGGGAGGCGGCAUCACUGUGAGUACCGUGGUUCGCACCGCGUCCUCCAUCGCGUGUCUGUGGAGCAGGGGUAAGGGAUAUGGAGCAGGUGCCUCCCCUUCGUCCCCCAGCUGCUUUGUCCUUCCUGCAGGUGCUGCUGGCAGCGGCCCACAUCACGGCGGUGGGGUGGCGAUGCGCUGGCUGCUCCGACUGCGGCACCCGUUGCAACGUAAGGCUUUCAUCUCUGCUGUGCUCUCCAAGCUGGCGCUCCUGGGCGCAGCCGCCUGCUUCGUCCUUUCUGGGGUGGGUUUGACCAACGGACCCCUCUGCUUCUACAACGCCUCCGAGCAUGGCACCCUCUGGGGCUACCCCUUCCUGGAUGCCAGGACAGAGAACUACGUGCACAAUCGCACCUGGAGCAUCUGCCUGGAGCCAGCAGGCAUCGUGGCCUGGAACGCCGUCCUCUUCUCCCUCCUGCUGCUCAUCAGCGCCGCCGAGAUGGUGCUGGCCUCCCUCCAGAUCCUCAAUGGCUGCCUCGGCUGCCUCUGCGGCUUCUGCGAGGGGAAGUAGGGACCUGCUACUGUGCCAGGAGGCUGGCACUUGGAGGAGGCAUCAUCCCCGCGUGUACCUUGGCCAGUGGCAAGUGCCGUGGCGGGGAUACGGCACAAGCUGUGAUACCAGUCCGGUGCAAGACAGAUUCCCCCAUGGGGGAAAGAGACCCCAGCCCGCACGAGACGUCGAAGCCAUGUGUGUGGGGUCAGCGUGCAAAGGGCUGCCUCCGUGCAGAGCCCUAUGCCCAGGUGGUAUGUCUUCCUCCACCCUGGAGCAGAUGCCCCACCUUUGGGCUGGCAGCCAUGGGGGGUUGUAAACCAGCCCGGUGAGCGAUGGCGGUGGGGACCUGGCUCCUGGCAUCCUAGCACUGAGCCCAACGGCUUCCCUGGCCGCUCCUUAUUAGCCUCCACCUGCCAAAGUUCAAAACGUGACGUGGUGGUUUUUGUAGAAAUAAGAGUUGGACCGUUAACCUAUUUUCGUUAAUUAAUCUGCUUUUAUGGCAGCUUGUGGUGGAGUUUGUCUCCUGCGUGGGGCAGGAGCCAAGCCAGGCUCUGGCUGGGAGACUUUGGAUAGAGUUGAGCUGAGGGAGGUAGUGCUGGAAACGCGGUGUAGUCCUGCACACGCAGGCAUGCGGCAGAUGUUAGGAGCAGCCGCUCGUCCCCACUGGUCCAGGACCCGCUGCACUCGCCGGGGGUGAUGCCAGGUCCAGCAUGUCCCCCAUCCCCGCGCCCUCGUCCCCUAAACCUCUCCGGGGACCCCACAUGGGUACAGACCUGAACUUGCCUGUGCUGCGAGGAUGUUUGCUCCGCAACUGACGAGGUUACGAGGAAAAUAGCCAUGUCCAAAGUAGUUUGAAAAAAAGGCAGUCAGCCAGAUUAAACAGUAACCGGGCGAUUUUGGAGAAACCAUUGAGAAAAAGAGGAAGUGGCUCGAACAGGAUCGUUAAAAAAGCA